GGCCCGUCCUACUCGUGGAUCCGCUCUGCUCCGCCGCACGGUUGAGGGGGGCUCCCCCCGUGAGGCCUCUUGAGGGAUGGGAUCCAGCGAGCGGCGGGGGAGCGCGCGGCAGGCAGGCCCCUUAUCCGCUCCGAGCCAGUCGCGCGAGGAUUCCGUCCCGCUCGGCGCUCGCUCACGCAGCAGUCGUCACGCUCCCUACCGUCGCCCCCCGCGCCGGCCGCGGCCGCGAACCCGUCCGUCCGAGCACCACCCGCCACCCGCCGCGGGCCGGACCCGCCCGUCAACUGAGAGCAGAAGGCCGACGGCGGGCAUGAUGGCCUGCCCCGCCGCCACGACGGCUCGCAUCGGGUGCCUGUGGAGGAGCGAGGGGAUCGCCGGCGUCCUCCCCGGCUCCGCGUCCCCGCGCCGGAGCCGUCCCGCGCGGGACACGAGGGCGCGCGCCUCGGAGCUGCAGCAGGCGCCCCGGCCGCCGGCCGCCACUGCCGUCCCCGCCCACAAGGUCACCGUCCACGACCGCCAGCGCGGGGUCGUCCACGAGUUCGUCGUGCCCGAGGACCAGUACAUUCUGCACACCGCGGAGGCGCAGGACAUCAGGCUGCCGUUCGCGUGCCGGCACGGUUGUUGUACAAGCUGUGCAGUCCGGAUAAAAUCAGGACAAAUAAGACAACCUGAAGCACUUGGGAUAUCUGCAGAACUAAAAGAUCAGGGCUAUGCCUUGUUGUGUGUUGGCUUCCCAUCUGGUGAUGUCGAAGUCGAGACUCAAGAUGAAGAUGAGGUAUAUUGGCUCCAAUUCGGGAGAUAUUUUGCACGAGGGCCUGUGGAAAGAGAUGAUUAUGCGCUAGAACUUGCAAUGGGAGACGAGUGAGCAGUGCCUUAGAGGAUCGUGGUUUUAAGCUCUGUUUCUGCAAUUGGUAGCUUAUAGAGUCACAAGGACCUGCUUCACAAGAGGAGGAGAGAUUUUUGUUUUUUGCUUUAUUCACAGUUCUCCCAUGUUCCGUUGUGUACUUGUGUCCUAGCAGUUUGGCAUGUGCAGAUGUCCUUCUUGUAAAGAUGCCACUUCUGGUAGAGGACGAACAGUAUGGACCGUGUAAAGCUGUAAACUACGCUGCAUUCAAUCUUCAGCGCGAAUUGUAAUCGCGGGAGCAAUGAGAUUUGGAGGUGGCAUGCAGUACCCGAAUAA